AUUAGAGGAUAUGAUAAGGAAAUGUCAGUACUUCACUGAAAUUUGUUUUCGUGAAAUUAAAAAGACAAGGCUAGGAAAGCAAUCUCUAAGCAAACGAACUGAGAAACAGCUUUUCGUCUUCCCCGCCGAUCUCUCCAAAUUCUAUUUUCAAAUCGAAGUCAACAAUCAAUUUUAAAGCCCUUUCUCCUCUUUUUCCCAAGGAAAGGAGAUGAAGCGAGUCUUCGGCGUUAAGAAAGACAAGGAACCGCCGCCUUCGAUUCAAGAUGCCUCCGAUAGGAUAAAUAAAAGAGGGGACAAUGUGGAGGAGAAGUUGAAGAAACUGGAUGCUGAGCUUAGUAGGUACAAGGAACAGAUAAAGAAGACAAGGCCUGGCCCUGCUCAAGAGGCCAUUAAAGCUCGAGCCAUGAGGGUUCUCAAGCAAAAACGAAUGUAUGAAGGGCAACGUGAUAUGCUUUACAGUCAGACGUUCAACCUCGAUCAAGUUGCUUUUGCUUCUGAGGGUCUUAAAGAUGCUCAACAAACAAUGUCAGCCCUGAAAUCUGCCAACAAGGAGCUGAAAGGAAUGAUGAAGACUGUUAACAUUCAGGACAUAGAUAACUUGCAAGAUGAAAUGAUGGACAUGAUGGAUGUUAGUAAUGAGAUCCAAGAGACCUUGGGUAGAAGCUAUAAUGUUCCUGAUUACAUUGAUGAGGAAGAACUCAUGGGCGAACUUGAUGCUCUGGAAGCAGACAUGGGAAGUGAAGCUGAUGGCAUCCCCUCUUAUCUUCAACCUGAUAAGGAGGAACCGGAUGUGGACACUGAGUUCUUGCCUGCAGCACCCACAGGAAAUACAACAGCUGCCCAGGGUGAGGAUGAACAUGGUUUGCCUACUGUUCCUCGAGCAUCUCUCCGUAGUUAGAUGGUUGGACUGCUACAAUGUGUUACUGCCUGCAAUAUAGAUCAAGGAGAAUGAGGCCUGCCCUUUUAAACAUAUUGUGCAGAAUUAACUUCAAUGGGUACUUCAAUUGAAUUGGCUCAAUUAUUGCAUCCAUUUGAUGAAGGGUAUCUUUGGUUGCCACUAUCAUACUGUGGGUUUAGGUGUAGUAGGGGGUAUGUAGGUUGACAUAAGAAAUAUUCAUGGGUCAUGUUUUGAUUAUUAACAUUUUAUAUGUCUGAUUGAGAACUAAUAGAGUUUGCAAAGUGGAGAAGGGAGUUUGCAUUGCAUGAUUGAGAAGUAAAAGGUUAGGGUUUUCGAACUUGGAUUGCCAAGGAUGUAUCAUGUAUAAGCAAACAUAUCUAUUCCCCCAAUCUUGGUAGGAAGUUCUGCAAUGGCAUCAUAGAGAAGUCUCCGCUGUUGUAUC